GCUGACGUGACAGUUGGUUUGUUUGAUUAGGCUCUCUCUUCUCUCGCUAGGCAAUCUUCUAUUAUUGCUUGCAAAAUAAAUAAGAACUAAGUGAAAUUUAAUUAUAUAUACAUAUAUUUUAUAACAAUAAAGCGUGUGAGUGUUGCCUGCAUGCAAGUUCUACGGUGCGGCGCAGGUGGUGCGGCUAGAGUGUGACGACUCGCAAUUUGGAUUUGGAGCACGCAGGCUGUUUGGUGAAAUUUGUUGUUGUUGUUGGAGCUGCAGCCCCUGCCCCUACACACAGCUAGCAACGCACACAUACACAUAUUUAUAUAUAUACAGACACAAACCGACUUACACACAUACAAAAUGCUGUGUAUACGAUUUUAGCAGUGAAUUGAACAGACGGCAGGAAUAUAUUUAAACUAUUGUAAACAAAAGAAUAAGUGCCAACAAAAUUUAUACAAUAUCGGCGCCGAAAAUUAUUCACAGCUGGUGAAUGCAAAGUUUCCAGUUGGCAGUUGAAUAGCAGCACGAGCAAUGGCAACAAGUCGAAGCGAAGACGAACAGCAGGAUGUCGCAGCCUCUCAGCAGCUGCUCCGGGAGCGUUUAUUGAACGGCAGUCACGAGGCUAAGUCAAAUGGAAAAGCAGCCUCAUCAAUUAGCACCAACUAUCAUAGCUCUGGCACGUUUAUGAAAUUAAAAACCUAUUUGCUCGCCUUGCGUCCUUGGUCACUGUCAGCCAGUUUAGUGCCCACGCUGCUCGGGUCCGCCUUGGCAUAUCGGUCGCAAUGGUCGGAUGACUUUUCCAUGCUCACAUUUUUCUUAACCGCCUUCACUGUCGUCACGGUGCACUGCGCCGGCAAUGUGGUCAAUACUUACUUUGAUUACAUCAAAGGUAUCGAUAAACAAAAGGCUGACGAUCGCACUCUGGUCGAUCAUAUACUCACCAAGGAUGAGGUAGUUUCAUUGGGUGCUAUUUUGUAUUUGGCGGGAUGUGGAGGCUUUGUGCUGCUCGCCGUGCUGAGUCCAGCUAAAAUGGAACACUUGGCACUUAUCUACUUUGGCGGCCUAUCGUCGAGUUUCCUCUAUACGGGCGGCAUUGGUUUCAAAUACAUUGCACUCGGGGAUCUUGUCAUCUUAAUACUGUUCGGGCCAACAUCGGUGCUAUUUGCGUUCAUGGCGCAAACGGGUCACGUGGACUGGACAACAAUGGGCUAUGCCAUACCGCUAGCUCUCAAUACAGAGGCCAUAUUGCAUAGCAAUAAUACACGAGAUGCGGAAAGUGAUGGCAAAGCCGGCAUUGUGACGCUGGCCAUACUCAUUGGACGGACUGCCUCCCAUGUUCUCUAUGCCAUGCUGCUCUUCACACCCUAUUCGCUUUUCUUCAUUUUUGGACUGAAGUACUCUCUGUGGUUCCUGUUACCGUUAAUAACGCUCCCACAAGCAUUUCAAAUCGAGAAACGUUUUCGCAACGAGCAAACGAUGGCUGCGGUGCCACGGCAGACGGCAAAACUCAACUUCUUCUUUGGCAUACUCUAUAUAGUCGCCUGCUGCUGUGCCCAGCAGCUCCCAACUUUUGUGUGGCGCAAAAACUGAGACUAGGAGAUGAAAGCAACGAUAUCUAUAUAUAUAUAAAAAAAAAAGAACUCAAACAGAAAUAACUGCUGCAACAUUUUUAGGGAAUUUCAUUAGUUGUUUAAUUUGAUUUUAGCGAAUGUGUGUAUGCAUAUAAAUUGUAUUUGUAUAUUGUCUCAAAUUUCUAUGUUGCACAAAUGUUGAAUGCUUUUUGCUAGUCUUCUAGUCUCUAAUCCUAAUCCUAAUCCUAAUUCUAUUUCUAGAACUGAACAUAUCCCCCCACACGAAAUAGCUCAGCAGCCUGUGCUGCAGCUGCGAAUCACUUUAUUUAUUUCACUUCAACUGAAUCGUAAAUUUAUAGUUUAUACAUAUAUAUACUGUGUACUCUUCUUCUCGCGCGUUGAAAUCAUGGACCAAGAUCAUGUGUGCAACAAUUAAUGAAAUCAUCUUAGAUAUAUAUAUAUACAUGCAUACAUAUAUACAUAAAUGUAUAAGAUGAAGUUAAUGUUACUUUAUAGAAAUGCUUAAAAUAUGCAAAUAAGUUAACGCUGGCUUUGCUUUUAUGUGACAAUUGUUAGCGUUUUUUACACACAUACGUACAUAAAAACAUACAUAUAUACACCAUAUAUAUAUAUAUAUAUAUAUAUCUAAUUAGAUCAUGUAAGCCCAGUGUCUAGCAGCAGGCUCAAGAGUGAGAAUAUAUCAACACACAAAUUUCAAAUUUUAAAAUAAAAAAAAAAAAAAAUACAAAAUAAAUAUAUGUACAUAUAUAUAACAAAAUGCCGAUCGAAAGAUUUCGAGCAACAAUUGUUUUCCAAGCAUAAAUCACAAAAACCUAAACAAAUAGCUUUAAAUAACAAUAACAAACAAAACAAAAAUUUAUGCAAUUCGUG